AUGAGUGGUAUACAUAGGUUCCUCACAAGGCGCGAGCGAUAUAGCAGACAUGGCAAACACAUCAAGGAAGAGUCCUCGAAUGUACUCUCGCGCCCUCAUUUCCGUGGAUUCUUCUCGUCAGAUCGCUCCUCCGAUGAUGCUAGUGAAGAACAGAAGAAGGUCAAAUCACUUGAACGCCGCAUCUCUCAACUCGGAAUAACGAACCUCAAAGAGGACCAUCUAGUUUACGCAAUACAGUCACCCCACGCGCAAGGAGAUGUGGAUAAGGCCUUUGAGUUGCUCUUGCUCCUCGAAGAUUCAAUCGAAGGCAUAUUACGAGACUAUACCCCGCGCACGAAACUCCUGGGAGCAGAGAACCGAGAGAAUGUCACUUGCUACCUGGAUGCACUGCUUUUCGCCAUGUUUGCACGUUUAGAUUGCUUUGAGGCAAUUCUUUACAAGUCCUUCAGUGAUGAGCCUCGUCGAAAACUUGCCAUACUAUUGAGACUUUGGGUCAACAUGUUGCGCUCGGGAAAGCUGAUCACGACGGACCUUACAAAACACUUACAGGAUGCACUUGCUGAAUGUGGCUGGGAAGAUGCGGCCAAACUCCGUCAGCAGGAUGCCUCGGAGGCAUUUACCUUCAUCACAGAAAAGCUAGAAUUGCCACUCCUUACUUUGAAGAUGGAUAUCUAUCACACUGGGAAAGAGGAUGUCAGCGGUGAUCACAAAUUCGUCAACGAAAGAUUGCUGGAAGUGGCAAUCCCGGAACCGGAGGAGGGGAAAACAGUGACACUGGAGGACUGCCUGGAAUCAUACUUCAACAACAGGAUUGAAGUGAAGCGCCACCUAGAACGACGCAACACGGUGAGCUCCACGAAGUCAGUCGAUUCUAUGGCCAAGGGUUUCACGACGCAUGUCGAAACCGUGGAAGUCUCCCCCUCACCGGCUGCCUCACCAACUGUGUCAUCUCCCGUGCGACUCGAUAGCGGGAAUCCAAUCUCGUCGGUGACAGAGACGGGUAACGCAAACCCUCAAAUGCCUCGACGAAGCAGCAUCGUACAGCAACGGUUUAUUCCGGACCCAGAAGAUGAAAAAGCAGACGACCUGGGCGCUAUUACGUCACAGAGAAGAGGCUCGUACAGAAAAGAAGUCAUGAUGCCUGCAUGGCAAUUUUUCAGUCUAAUUCCGUGGUACACUGAUAACACACCCACCAACGAUGCGCAGGUCGCAGCGCACUUUUCCUCGAAGCGACCAAUCCUUGGCAUGUGCCUGAAGCGCUACUCUAUGCUACCCAGUGGGAAAGCAAUCCGACUCGAUACCUUUGUCGAUAUUCCAACGGAGAUUGGGCUACCUCAUUUUAUUCAGGACGACAGCAUGGACGCAGAAGGCCCGAUCUAUGGAAGCUUUAAACUAUCCUUGCAAGCGAUAGUUUGCCACCGGGGUACUUCGGUCGACUCAGGACAUUACAUCGCUAUUGUUCGGGGCACUAGUGCUGGUGCAGCUCCGGCCAGCUCCCACGGGGCCGAAGAGAAUGCUUCAAACGCUCCGCGGUAUUGGAUGCGCUUCGACGAUCUGGCCAAGGAACGUGUUACUCUGGUUGACAUUGAACAAGCCUUGAAGCACGAAUCGCCUUAUCUGCUGUUCUAUCAGAUCCUGCCUGUCGAUGAGGAUGCGGCGGUGGCCAACUUCCCCAGUAAGGUUUCUUCUGAGGAAUUGUCCGAGGAAAUCCAGGACAUGGACCCUGCGGUCAUGCAGAAUCUGAAUCUAUCGCCUGCGGAUGGCCGUGAUAGUGAUCGUCCCGAGACAUUUCAUCGGCACCGGCCGAGUUUUGAAAUCACCGGCCCCGAUAAUGCGGAGAACGCACCGCUGGACCUGAAUGAGAGAAAGCAAAGCAUAGCGUUUUCGGACCCCGCGAAUCAAACCGGGGGAUUGUCAGUCUACACCGCUUCGUCUAGUUCACCGCAACUCGGCCCUAGAGACGACGAUGGUAGAAGGAACUCCAACACAUUCUCUCGACGUGGCUCAAAACCGACCAAAAGUAACCCUGGUAGCCGCGCCGGAAGCCAAACCAGUGAAAACAGGAUUAGCGCUACCUUUUCUCGGUUCACUGGGCGGCUCAGCAGGGAUAAGAUCAGCAAUGACGGGUUCUCACUUGAAGGGGACGACGAACUGCCCGGCGGAAACGACUCGACUGCUCAUCUCGGGGAAAAGUCGGGACCCGGUGGAGGUGAAGUCAAAGAAAGAUCCUCAUGGCGGUCGUCAAGGGACACAGGCAAGCAGCGAGAGAAAUCCAAGGAGAAGCCACGGGAGAGGAUCGGACGAAAGCUGGAACGAGAGUGUGUGGUUAUGUGA